UACAAAACCACUUAUCGAUGAACUAACAUAGCCUUCUGUCAUACAUUCCAUCAGCCUAAACCUUAAAGCCAGAAGCAGCACCCGGAGCUCUUCUUCGUCUCGGCCAUGGCGAGCGAGGCUAAUAGCAGCGCAGGCGAUGGCCUCAAGCUGCCAGAGAUCAAGUUCACCAAGCUCUUCAUCAAUGGCUGCUUCGUCGACGCCGUCUCGGGAAAAACAUUCGAAUCACUCGACCCACGUAACGGAGAAGUGAUCGCCAACAUCGCUGCCGGCGACAAAGAAGACGUCGACUUGGCUGUGAAGGCAGCCAGAGAAGCCUUCGACCAUGGCAAGUGGCCUCGCAUGUCCGGCGCUGUACGUUUCUUCCUCUCCCCCCUCAUGAUUGCUUCUUCGAACUAUACCAUCCUGAUAAAUGGACGUCUGCAACUUCUCAAUCAUGACCAGGAAAGGGGGAAGAUUAUGAUGAAAUAUGCAGACCUGAUCGAGCAGCACGCAGAAGAACUGGCGGCACUCGAGUGCUUAGACGCCGGAAAGCUGUUCUUUCUCAAUAAGAUGAAUGAUGUCCCAGUAGCUUCGAACUUGGUCCGAUACUACGCAGGGGCGGCGGACAAGAUCCAUGGCGAGACACUGAAGCUGUCAGGGGAGUUUCAGGGGUACACACUGCGGGAGCCCAUCGGAGUAGUCGGCCACAUCAUCCCUUGGAAUUUCCCUACCAUCAUGUUCUUCUUCAAGGUCGCCCCUGCCCUGGCCGCCGGCUGCACCAUGCUCGUCAAGCCAGCAGAACAGACCCCACUCACAGCUCUCUACUGUGCCCACUUGGCCAAACAGGCAGGUUUUCCUGAUGGAGUUCUCAAUGUUGUCACCGGUUUUGGAGCCACAGCCGGAGCUGCCAUUUCUUCUCAUAUGGAUGUGGACAAGGUUAGUUUCACAGGAUCUACAGAAGUAGGACGGCUUGUGAUGGAGGCAGCAGCAAGAAGCAAUCUGAAGUCUGUCUCACUUGAACUGGGUGGGAAGUCGCCAGUUAUCAUCUGUGAUGAUGCAGACAUAGACAUGGCCGUCGAACUCGCUCGGACGGCCAUCUUUUACAACAAGGGAGAAAUCUGCGUGGCAGGAUCUCGUGUCUACGUGCAAGAAGGAAUCUAUGAUGAAUUUGUAAGAAAGAUAGCAGAAAGUUGCAAAUCCUGGAUCGUUGGAGACCCUUUCAGUCCCCAUGUUCAUCAAGGACCUCAGGUCGACAAGAAGCAGUUUGACAAAGUUCUCAGAUACAUCGAUCAUGGGAAAAGAGAGGGAGCCACCAUACUGACAGGAGGAAAGGCCUGUGGUGAGAAAGGGUUCUACAUUGAACCCACAAUCUUCACAGAUGUCAAGGAGAGUAUGCUGAUAGCCCAAGAUGAGAUCUUUGGACCUGUCAUGUCCCUCAUGAAGUUCAAGACAAUCGAGGAGGCGAUUGAGAGAGCCAACGAUACAAGAUACGGACUGGCGGCUGGGAUUGUGACAAAGGACAUCAACAUAGCCAACCGACUCUCGAGAUCGAUUCGAGCAGGCAUCAUUUGGAUCAACUGCUACUUGGUAUUCGAUAACGAUUGCCCUUUUGGUGGAUACAAGAUGAGUGGAUUCGGAAGGGACAAUGGAAUGCAUGCUUUGGAGAAGUAUCUCCAAGUCAAGUCUGUGGUCAUUCCCAUCUAUGGUUCUCCUUGGCGGUAGCAGCAUGCUUGAACAGAAGAAGGCAAUGAACCACCUAAAAGCUAUUGAAUGAAAAGAAGAC